AGAGGAGUCAGAGAGGGGACACAGAGGGGACAGAGCGAGGACACCGCGGGGACGCAGAGGUGACACAGAGAGGACACAGAGGCGACACAGGGGGACGCCGCGGGGUCCGCUCGGGGCGCCGGCCGCCCAUGCGAGCCGGGCGCAGCCCCGCGCAGGGGUCCCGCCAUGCACGGCCACCCCCAGCCCCAUUCCCAGCCCCAUUCCCAGCCCCAUUCCCAGCCCCAUCCCGAAUCCCAGCCGCAUCCCCAGCCGCGGCUCCCCGCGCCCGGCCGGCCCAAGGCAGGCAGGAGGCGCUACAAGACCUUCAUGAUCGACGAGAUCCUCUCCAAGGAGACCUGCGACUACUUCGAGAAACUUUCGCUCUACUCCGUGUGCCCGUCGCUGCUGGUCCGGCCCAAGCCGCUGCACUCCUGUGCCGGCUCCCCCUCUCUGCGGGCGUAUCCCCUCAUCUCCGUCAUCACCAGGCAGCCCUCCGUGGUGCCCCACCUGCUCCCAGCUGCCACCAGCUCCAGGGUGCUGCCAGCCCAGCCCUCCCCUGGGGGCUCAGAGCCUGUGCCCAGCGAGGCCCAGGGCAGCAGCGAGUCGGAGGCAGAGCAGCCCACGCCCAGGAUAAAGAAGCCGCGCCGCAGUAGGACCAUCUUCACCGAGAUCCAGCUCAUGGGCCUGGAGAAGAAAUUCCAGAAGCAGAAGUAUCUCUCUACCCCCGACAGGCUCGACUUAGCCCAGUCCUUGGGGCUGACUCAGCUCCAGGUGAAGACGUGGUACCAGAACCGUAGGAUGAAGUGGAAGAAAAUGGUGCUGAAGGGGGGCCAGGAAGCACCAACGAAGCCCAAGGGCCGCCCCAAGAAAAACUCCAUUCCCACCUCGGAGGAGAUUGAAGCAGAGGAGAAAAUGAACAGCCAGGCCCAGAGUCAGGAGCUGGAGGGAUCUCAACCCCUGAGGAGCCCAAACUGACAGAGGAGAAGCCAGAAGAAGCCUCGUUGGAGACAGAGAAGCCUCCAGAACAUAUAGCAGAGCCCUCCUCAGAGGAAACUACACCACUAAGCUAAAAGGGAAAGAAGGGAGGGGAAAAGAAAAGCAAAAAAAGAGAUAAAAAGAGAAAAACCAAAACCAAAUAUAUAUAUAUAUGUAUAUAUAUAUUUAAAUAUGUAUGUAAUGGUGUGUGUGUACAUAUAUAUAUAAAUAUAUAUAUAUAUGUAGACCUUGUGCAGAAGUCUAAAGAUUGGUCACUUUGUGCCUUUGGGAAUCAGCCAUGGUGGGCCAGGUGGAACAGAGACAUCCCUUGGGAAUGGUGCCAACCUGUCCCUCUGCUGAGGGAGCUUUGGGACGGGGGCCUGAAUGUGAAUCCAGGGAAAGCACAUGUGGAACCCCAAGCCAGCUCCUGCAGAGGUCCAGGGGAGGGUGGGAGGCAGAGGUGUGUGGUGUGGCUGGGCUGGAGGGCUCAGGGUGUUCUCUUGGCUUUAUCCUCACCCUGGAGUUGAGCAAAAGGACAGAGAGCUUGGCCUGGUGUGGGAGCAGGGACAGGCAGGGAAUGGGAGCUCCAGCAGCACCAUUUCCUCUGUAACAGCACUUAUUUCUGUCAGGGAUGGGCCCCACUUACAACAACUCCAGGAAGGGGCUCAGACCCCCCCAGGUUUGCUUUGGAAAGCUCAAAGCUUCCAAAGGGAGAUCCUUUCCCGGGCCAGGAUUCCAAUUGCAUCUCUCUGGGUUGUUUGGGUGCCGUGUCUAUGAAUUUGCAGUGAUCCAGGAUUAAUCUUGGAAUGAGAUGAGGGUUUGGAUUUGAGUCUGCUCCAAAAGCUUUGGGAUGCUUCGAUCUGGGGUUUUUGCUUUGGGCCCACUACUAAUUUUUGUAGGUUUUUUUUUUUUUAAAAUGAACUUUUCAAUGUUUUCAGGGUUUGGGGAGGAUGAUGGAUUUCAGAAGUUGCUGCAAAAAGUUGGUGUUUGUUUAAGAUGUGUGCCAAGAAUAGAUGUGCAUCAUGUUUCAUAAAGUCUUGGUAAGGGUGCAUUUUGCCCAAAGGCUGCAAGAGAUGUAUUAAGAUAACCUUUAUUUUUUAAUUAAAAAUUAAAUAUAUAAAUCAAA